UUUUAAACCGGAAGUAGUCGUUGUGGCGUCAUUCUAUCCUGCCUGUGAUCAGGAAGCGCAGACGUUAAACGGUGCGAAUCAUGGACCAUCAUACGAUGUGAUAUGUCAACGGUGCCUAGUCUGAAGUUGCCUUAGUCCAGGACACAGCAGACCAGGAUGGCUCUAAUAGAGGGGGUGGGUGAUGAGGUCACCCUGCUCUUUGGAGUGGUGUUCCUGGUGCUCGUCCUGGUUCUGGCCUGGGCCUCCACCCACACUGUUGAACCCCCUGAACACCUCCUGUCACCCAGCCCAGGGACCUCCCCCUCCACAGAGACUGACAGCCAGGAGCCGCUCCCCCCGGGCAACACGGACUCGUCUCCCGGCGGCGUCAGCGAGAACGAUAAGAGUGAGCCUGGAACAGACGCGGGAGCGGCGGGACAUUCCCCGGAUGCUAGUAGGGCUGAAGGAGGCGAGGGAGGCCUCCUGGAAGAAGCAGGGAUCGGGAGGGAUGGGUUGAGACAUCGAGAAUCAGCGGGUCCCUCGACUCAAACUCCAGCCAGUGCCCCAAGUGCCACACAGCCUUCAGCCGAAGAUGCACCGAAUGACACCCAAAGAAACAUGGUGCUCAGGCUGAAGUUCUUGAAUGAUACUGAGAGGACAGCACAGGUCAAUCCUCAAGACACCAUUGGUUACAUUAAACGGACUUACUUUGCUGGACAGGAGCACCAGGUACGUCUGAUUUACCAGGGUCAGCUCCUUCAGGAUGACGCUCAGACGCUGGCCUCCCUCAACCUGGCCGACAACAGUGUUCUGCACUGCCACAUCUCACAGCACGCCACGCGGGCCAUGCCUGCCGGGGCUCGGGCUGCUGACCAGGUGCAUGUGGCGCUCAACGUGGGCAGCCUCAUGGUGCCUCUGUUCGUGCUUAUGCUUUCUGUGCUCUGGUACUUCCAGAUUCAGUACAGGCAGUUCUUCACUGCACCUGCCACCGCCUCACUCGUGGGCAUCACCAUCUUCUUUAGUUUUGUUGCGUUUGGGGUGUAUCGCCGUUGAUGGCUGUUUCUGUCCACUCAUAGUCAGCAUUUGCGCACAUACAGAUACACAUUCUUUGCACUUGCUCACUCACCAGUGCCAGUGGCAAUGUCUUCUGGGAAUUUUGGACUUUUCAGGUUUGCUGAAGGCUGUGAUUUCAGAGAAACAUCUCUGAGGUUGUCCGUUUUUUUUUUUUUUUGGUUCGGUUCAUCACUUUUGCCAUUUCAUCUGCACCAAGUUUAUGCUUGUCACAGAUAGAAAUAUGCUAUAUAUUUGAUUUUUUAAAAAGGAAAAAUAGAGAUGCUGAUUGUGCCUGUCCUCUUUUUCUUAUUUUUGUUUUCAUGUGCAUGCUGCCAGUGUGAAACUGGGGCUUGCUUGUAAGAGGGUAUGUGAGUUGAUGGUGUUUGAGUUUCAAGCAGGGCUCGUCUGGCUGUCUGCCAGACUCAAACUCUGUAGUAAAGCAGUUCAGCUAGAGCUGCUCUUAUGUGUUGGGACAAUUAAAAUAAUUUGUGUACAAUAAGGCUUUUGAAAUGGAGAUAUAAUCUAUUAAAUCAUUCUUUUAUUUA